AUGUCGCGACAAUUCAUCUCCGUAAGUUAAACUUUAAUUUUCUUCUUCUUCUUGUAUGCUAUACAUUAAACGAACGUUUAACUUCAGGAUCAAGCCCGUAGAUUUCAAAGGAAGUUCCGCGAUUUCCGUCUGUUUGUAAACGAAAGGUGAGAAAAUGAUUUCUAAUUAUUUUUUUUGUUUUAUUAUUAAAUUUAUAUGCCUUAGGUACGGAGCCAUGGAUAGAGACUCGUUGGAUGUGGUGAACGACGCACUCUACCAGUACGUCGGGGAAAUCACUCGAUUGCUGCUGAACCCAUCAGGUAUGCAAAACCUCUAAGCUUUUUGCUUUUUUAUAACAACUUCAAAUACAAUAUUCUUAUUUGAUAAAUUUGAAACUUUUCCUGGAAUCAUAAAAAAGAUUUUGCAUUUAGUUCGUGGUCAUCAAGAUCCAUCGAUUGUUACUCCGGAAGUGCACUCUGUAUGUUUAUUUUUAUUAUUCUGUCAACUAUAAAUUAUAAUAUUGGACUAAUAUAUACGAAAAUGUAUACAUAAUCAUUUAAUAACUAAAUAUUGUGUUUAGCGCUCUUCAAAAGACGCAUACUUGAUGAGGCUUAGCAAACAAGUGGACGCUGCUUCUGUUCUCGCAGACGUCACUCAUCUGGGUAUUUUUAAAAUAUAUUUUUAGAAUGUUUUUUUAAAAUUUCUUAUUUUAAUUAAUGACUUGUAUUAAUUUUGUUAUAUAGGUCCUCAGGCAAACCGUGAGGAAGCUGCAGCGUUAUCGCGAAUUGAAGACGUGCUCGAUAUCCUGUAUGGAAUAAUUUCGCCAGACGCAUCUAGGCCUACCCCCUGA